UUUCUUAUUCUGACUACCAAAAAUGCAAAUUUCGUGACUAAUAGUGUUUAUAUAUUUAUAAAUGCAAAACGAGAGUGAAAUGGCGCUGCAAAUGGAAACACUGCCGCAGAUCCCGGUGCUCACAUCGGUGAGCUGCAGCUUUGCGCUGGCCGUCAUCUAUGUGGGAAGUCUCUAUGUGUGGAGCACCAAGCACAAUCGCGACCAUCCGACGACAAUAAAACGACGCUUUGCCAGCGUUUCUAUUGUUAUGCUAAUAGCGCCGCUAUUUGUUUACUUUUUCUCGUCACCGGAGCUGCUGGAACGUGAGCCAUUUCCCAAGCUGCUCGGUUUCCGGUGGCAGGGACUGUGGCAGGCCAUAGUGAUACCUUAUCUGCUCACCGCGCUGCUAUAUUUGGGCCCUAUAUUUGUCAAUUUGCAGAACGAAUCGUUCUCCUCCUACUUUGCGCUGGAUUAUUGGCGUGGAUCUGUAACAAGUAUUAUCUGGAUACGCAACCACGUGAUGGCACCACUAAGCGAAGAAUUUGUCUUUCGUGCUUGCAUGAUGCCAUUGAUACUACAAAGCUUUUCGCCCAUGACCGCUGUGUUCAUAACGCCGCUCUUCUUUGGAGUCGCUCAUCUGCAUCACAUAUCCGAGAGACUAGCCCUGGGCGUGGAGCUUAGCACUGCCUUGCUCAUUGGACUCUUUCAGUUUACAUACACAACGCUGUUUGGAUUUUAUUCAGCGUAUUUGUUUGCGCGCACCGGACAUUGUAUAGCUCCAUUGCUGGUGCAUGCUUUCUGCAAUCAUAUGGGAUUGCCUGAUGUGCAGGAUUUGUGGCAGCAAGAGCUCUGGCGGCGUGUGCUGGCAAUUUGCCUAUACUUAGCUGGAUUAGCUGGCUGGAUUUAUUUGCUGCCUAUUGCUACAGAUCCGGCUUUGUAUGAUAACAAACUUUUUUGGAACGUUUAGUGGCCGUGCAAUUAAUAUUCUUUAAUGUUGCCAUAUGUCAGCUUUUAAACACUUACAUAGCUAUAUUCAUAUGUAUAAUUUGUAGUCAUAUCAUCAUAAGUUGACUGUACUAUGUAAUUUUAAGUCUGCAAUAAAACAAACAA